UUGCUCCUUCGAACCUCUGUUGGAAUUGCAACCUGAUAACAAAGUACGGGGUGGCACAGCAGAUUUCACUCAUUUAGCAGAGUGAAAACUAGUGGCCUUCAAUCUUUGACCUUCUUCCAAGAUUUGAUAGUAUUGCAUAAGGAAGUGUACUGAGGGCGGUACCUACCGACAGCAGACAUUUUCACCUUUUAUAAGUGUGUGUGACUGGAGGAGUCCAGCUAGUGACUGAGUGGACACAGAAGGUUAUUGACUUGUCAGCCGAAGACGCAGUUUUCGCCUGCCUGCUCUAAGAUGGUGAUUGCCAAGGCAUGGGCUCUAAAGAAGCAUUUUGAUGGUUUUCCCAAAACCAGUGACUUUGACCUGAAAGAGAUAGAGCUACCAAAUCUAAAGGAUGGAGAGUUGCUGCUUGAAUCAGUGUUUCUCAGUGUUGAUCCUUACAUGAGACCUUACAGUAAAAGAGACAUGAAGGAAGGCGACAUAAUGAUAGGCACGCAGGUUGCCAGGGUUAUAGAAAGCAAAAAUCCUGCUUUCACAGUGGGGGCCUUUGUCGUGGCUGGCAGGGGCUGGAGAACUCAUUUUAUCUCUGAUGGGAAAGACCUACAACUCCUUCCUUCCAAUUGGCCAGAAUCACUCCCCAGAUCUCUAGCUCUUGGAACAGUUGGCAUGCCAGGCCUCACUGCAUAUUUUGGUCUGCUGGAGGUCUGCAAGAUGAAGCCAGGAGAAACAGUCCUGGUUAAUGCUGCAGCUGGUGCUGUGGGCUCUGUGGUGGGGCAGCUCGCUAAAAUUGGGGGUUGCAAAGUGGUUGGCUGUGCUGGCUCAGAUGACAAGGUUGCCUAUCUGAAAAAAAUAGGCUUUGAUGAAGCCUUUAAUUACAAGACUGUUAAAUCUCUGGAUGAAGCACUGCGUAAAGCCUCUCCUGAUGGCUAUGACUGUUUCUUUGACAAUGUGGGUGGAGAAUUUGCCAGUGUUGCUAUCAACCAAAUGAAGAAAUAUGGAAGGAUUGCAAUCUGUGGCGCCAUCUCUCAGUACAAUGACUCUGUGCCUCAGAAAGGGCCUUAUGUGCAGCUUCCCAUGAUUUUCAAGGAGCUUCAAAUGGAAGGGUUUAUUGUGAGCCGAUGGAACAACCGCAGGGAGGAAGGUCUGCAGGCCCUGCUGAAGUGGGUCGUGGAGGGGAAGGUAAAGUGCCAUGAACAAGUCACUGAAGGAUUUGAGAACAUGCCAACAGCUUUUAUAGGAAUGUUAAAGGGAGAAAAUCUCGGAAAAGCUGUUGUAAAAGUGUGAAGAUCAGAUAUUCCUGGAAGACUGGCACAGGAGAAUGUGAUUCUGUCAAAUGCUUUUAAUUCACUUGUCAAAUCAUGUGAUCAGUAUGUUUCAAUCAU